CCACACACAUUUCUCCCCCACCUUCCCUCUUCUCCCAUUACAAAACUCGACUCAGACUCAACUUCAUUCUUUAUCACUAUAUUCUCUUCCUUUUCUAAUUUCUUCUUCUUCCUCCUCUGCCGUGAUUAACCGAUUGUUAUUAAUUCUCUCCUCGGUGGGCGGCAUAGGUUUUUCAAAAACCCCACGGCCCCAACACCACCAUAUUCCACUUUCAUGGACAAGAGUACCAGUGAACGAGAGACUCAUGAUUUCAUGAACGUCGAGUCUUUCUCUCAACUUCCCUUCAUCCGUCCUGCACCGAAAGAAAAGGGCAUUAGGCUUUUCGGGAUAGAAUUUGGAAGUCGAAACGCUGCUACCGUCUCUGCUUCUUCCAUUGAGGAAUCCGAAUCGGGCGAAACUAUUAUUGCAUGCGAAGAUGCGAAAGAAAACAACAACGACAACAACAACGGUGGAGAAAGUAGCCGGAGAUUUGAAUGUCAUUACUGUUGUAGAAAUUUCCCUACUUCUCAAGCCUUAGGAGGACACCAAAAUGCUCACAAAAGAGAGCGCCAACAUGCAAAAAGGGCUCACCUUCAGUCUAAUGCAGCCGCUAUGGUUCAUGGAAUUGGACCCUUUUCAGAUGCGGCUCAUGUCUACGGCCUCAUGAACUACCAACGCCUAGGCGCCACUCACAUUAAUAAUUACCCUUCUUGGAAUCGAAAUUCGCCAGCAGCAACGGCUGCGGCUGCUGCUGCUACAAGAUUUUACGGUAGCUCUGGUGGGCAGUAUUCGUCGGCAGCAACCGCGACGCCUAUAAACGGGAGCCCGUUGGCGAUGUGGAGAAUCUCGGCCGUUCAAAAUAGUAAUUUACCGUCUUCGUUUGGCGGUCGGGAGCGCUCGUCCAUACACCCGUUGCCGUUGUUUUCCGGAGAUGAUAUGAUGAAAGGCGCCGGUGGUGGUGGUGGCACCGCCGUUAGUGGCGGUGGGUCCGGCGGGUCUCAUCAGACCGGCCGGUUUGUUUACGAGGCAAAAACAGCGGACCAAGUGAGUUUGGAUCUUCAUCUGUAAUAAUUUAAUUAAUUGACAAAUUUCUAAAUUGACAUGAAUUUUCCCAUAGAGAUGAUGGAAAUUUUUUCAUCUUCCUUUAUAUGCAUUUGCAAAAAAAAAAAAAGAGAGAGAGAGAGAGACAAGAUUCCGGCCGCUGGAGACGGAUUUAAUAAAACACUAAUCGAUCAAAUAUUUGUUUCCUUAA